AUGAAGAGAGACAUGGAUCUCUCUGUUUUGCCAAAUAACAACCAUCCUGACAAAUUCCUGCAGCUAGAUGUGAAGCCUUUAAUGCAGAACUCAGCCCUUCUUCAGGCCAGCAUGGCGAGGUUUCCAGGGGGGAAUCACCCUGCCCCACAGCACUGGCGAAACCUGGUCUACUCACAGAGAGAAAAGAAGACUAUGACUCCUCAACGAGGAAGAGGAUCCACUGUGGAGGGUGCGAUUGCCGCCGAGAGAGCCCCACCAUCCCUGUCUGCAGUUCUGAAGAAUAACCCGCUCUAUGGUGACGUCAGCUUUGAGGAAGCGAUGGAAGAAAGAAAAAAGAAUCCUUCAUGGACCGUCGAGGAAUAUGACAAGCAUUCCCUGCAUGAAAAUCUUGCUGGGCAUCUGAAGGAAAAUCCUAAUGACCUGCGGUUUUGGUUGGGAGACAUGUACACGCCUGGUUUUGAUACCUUACUGAAAAAGGAAGAGGAACAAGAGAAGCAUUCAAAAUAUCGCCGUAUAGGUUUGAUUUUUCUCCUUGUUGCCUGCCUCUUGGUUUUCAUAGUGACUGUCAGCACUUUUUUAAUUGUGCUUAGCCAAACGAUCCUAAAUUUCAUAUCAAAUUGUUUUUCCUCAAAUUGGAAACACUUUUUAUGA